UUACUAGAAGACAAUAUAUGUUUGAUUUGUUUGGUUACCACGUUACUGUGCGAUGCACAAUUAAAGAUUAACCUACUAGCAUUUCACUAUAAAUAGAGAUCGAUCUUACGCUUAUUUCUUCACACUUCAUAAAAAUCCAUCAAAACAAAUUACUAAUAGUCAUGGCUAAGUUUGUUUCCAUCAUCACCCUUCUCUUCGCUGCUCUCGUUCUCUUUGCUGCUUUUGAAGCACCAACAAUGGUGAAAGCGCAGAAGUUGUGCGAGAGGUCUAGUGGGACAUGGUCAGGAGUAUGUGGAAAUAACAAUGCUUGCAAGAACCAGUGCAUCAACCUUGAGGGAGCACGACAUGGAUCUUGCAACUAUGUUUUCCCAUAUCACAGGUGUAUCUGCUACUUCCCAUGUUAAUCUACCAAAACUCAUUGGUCUACCAAAACUAUGUGGUGCUUGUGUGUUUAUUUACGUUCAAUAAGUCUGUGUCACUCUAUGAGUGAUCUUAUGACAUGUACCAAGUGUGUUUAUGUAUGUUUUUUGUGAUACUAUAAAGUGUCAUGUAUUUGUGUACCACAGUUUCUUUUAGUCUAUUUAUUAAUUUAUCUG